GUAAGUAAGUAAGUAAAUAAAAGCACAGAUAAAACAAAGAUAUGUGUCAUUAGGCUGUUGAAAAUGUUUUAAUCAGAGGCUAGCAGGAACUUCACUCUGAAUUUCUCUCAGUAUUGAGUAUUUGAUAAUUCAGUGUUCAUGGCAACUUUAUGAGAAUCAACUAUAUAUGAUCUGUUAUGGCACUUAGGGUUUUUGAAAUAUUGAAACUAGCUUGGGAACUCCUUUACCUGGUGUCCUAUAGAUUUUUAGAGGUGGCAGAGAAUCAAGCUUAGAGGUUGGUUAAUAUGCUGGGAAAAGUUUUUGUGCCCUCUGAAGACAGUACAAAUGCAAGAAUUUAGAGCAGUGGUGCAUAUCUGAUAAGAUUCAAGGUCUCAGUAUUUUGAUAUUCAGACCUUGACAUUGAUAUCAAAAGAUAUUUCAGGGAGGACUCUGUCCCAUGAGAAAUGGUAAAAUAUCCUAACUCAUUAUGAAUCUUUACCUUCAUUUGUCUCAUUUAGAUUAUUUUAUUUGCUUGUAAGACUUUUCCUAGUCUUACUUGUUCUUGAUUGUUGUGUUGACAGAAACUAUUGAAAAUUUUUAAGACAGAUGGAGCAUGGCUUUUAGAAAGGAUUAAGUAGUCAUUUAUUAAUACCUGUGACUGGCUUAAAAAAAAACUGACAUUAAAUAACAUCCUUAAGGAUAAAUAUUACUAAAUUAAUGGAAAUUUUGACUUUUUUCCUAAAUUUAACUAAUUGACAAAUUUAAAAAAUAUUUAAAGCAAGCAAAGAAGUAAAAUUUUUUUUGUAAGCAUUUUCAAAAUGCAGUAUACAGUUUAGACAGCUAUAAGAUAUAGCUCUGUGAGGAAAACUGUAAGUUGAUGAAAGGGAAACAUUUGUAAAAAUUAAGUAUAUAGAUGGAUUUUUACAUCAGGCAUUUCACCUAGGCCUUGCUGAAUUAUUUAUGCUUCAUUUAUGAAUGUCCAUUGAAGAUGAAUGGCUGUCCAGAGCUGAGAUUAUGUCUUAAUGAUAAGUACAUAGUACACAGUAUGUGCUGAACUAAUGUAUCUUGAAAUGAAUCAGUCUUGCUAGUCCAAUAAUCAUUUUCAAGUUAGUCUGUUCCAGGAUUUAACAACCUGGUUUGGACCUAAGAAUGAUAUAUGGUGCCUUCUCAUCUCAUUUCUUCUUCUAAGUCAUAGAUCAACAAAGGGAUUUUAUGGAACUGAAAAGUCCAGGGUAUUUAUCUGGGUUCAGGCUGAGUUAAGUCAGAAUGUUUAAACAAUGUCAUACUAGUGCUCUGCUUCUGUAGCUUGACUGCUGACAAAUUCAGCUUUAUUUUUUGCUACCUGCAAGAAGAGUUUUAUCUAUCUGCCUUCUCUGUCUGUCUCAUUAGCUAUUGUCUUAGUCUGUUUGGGCAGCUGUAACAGAAAACCAUAGACUGGGUACAAAUAAACAACCGUCAUUUACUUCUCAUGGUUCUGGAGGCUAAGAAGUCCAAGGGCAGACUAAGUGUUGGCAAGGGCCCAGUUCCUGGUUUAUAAGUGGCCAUCUUUUCACUGUGUCCUCACAUGGCUGAGGGGGCUUAAACUUGACUAAACCCAAUCAAAGUAAAGGUAAUGCUAGAAGAAAAUUAAUUUUGAUCUUAAAAACCCUUUACUUGAUCACAUUAUAUAAAUAUUAACUCUCUUAUUGGCUUAUGAUAUGUUAUUGUUUGAAUGUCCCAUCCAAAACUCAUGUUGAAACUUAAUCCCCAAUAUGGCACUAUUGAGAGAUAGGGCCUUUAAAGGUGAUUGGAUCAUGAAGUCUCUGUCCUCAUGAAUGGAUUAAUGGAUUAAUUGGUUAAUAGAUUAAUGGAUUAUCAUGGGAGGGGAACUGGUGGCUUUAUAAGAAGAGGAAGAGAGACCUAAGCUAGCACAUUAGCAUGCUCAGCCUUCUCACCUUGUGAUACUCUGUGCUACCUCAGAUCUCUUCAGAGAAUCCUCCUGAGCAAGAAGGCUCUCACCAGAGGCAACUCCUUGACCUUGGACUUCAGCUUCCGUAACUAUAUCAAGUUGUUCUAGUACGACCAUAUAAAUAAAUAAUACCUGAAGUCUCAGUGUAACAUGGACAAUUAACAGUGAUGACAGAUAAAUACAGACGCGUGGGGAUCAAAUACUAGGCGAAACGCUUUUUAAAAGGUAAGAAAAUAAUGUAAUCUUAAUUAAGGCCAAGUGGGGUUUAGUUAGAAGUAAUUGAUUGAAGUUUCUUUUUCAGUGUAUCAGGCUUUUACAACACACUGCAGGAUCCUGUUUAUCUUAAUGCCAAUAGAGCUCAGCUAAAGAAAUUUAGGAGGUUCUAGUAUUCUCCAUGGCUGAAGCUGAGAGAGUCUGAAACCCUGAUGCUUAAGCUCCAUUCUAGAUCAUAGCUCCAACUCCUUCAGGAUAUAAGGAAAAGAGAUUAUAUUUCCACAAUGAUAGAUCUUUGGUUGUACAGGUUUCCCAAUGAGUGGAUCAUGAUGACCGUAUUGUAGGGACUUGCCAUAGUAUGGCUGCUUCCCGAUCUACUCGUGUUACAAGAUCAACAGUGGGGUUAAACGGCUUGGAUGAAUCUUUUUGUGGUAGAACUUUAAGGAAUCGUAGCAUUGCGCAUCCUGAAGAAAUCUCUUCUAAUUCUCAAGUACGAUCAAGAUCUCCAAAGAAGAGACCAGAGCCUGUGCCGAUUCAGAAAGGAAAUAAUAAUGGGAGAACCACUGAUUUAAAACAGCAGAGUACCCGAGAAUCAUGGGUAAGCCCUAGGAAAAGAGGACUUUCUUCUUCAGAAAAGGAUAACAUAGAAAGGCAGGCUAUAGAAAAUUGUGAGAGAAGGCAAACAGAACCUGUUUCACCAGUUUUAAAAAGAAUUAAGCGUUGUCUUAGAUCUGAAGCACCAAACAGUUCAGAAGAAGAUUCACCUAUAAAAUCAGACAAGGAGUCAGUAGAACAGAGGAGUACAGUAGUGGACAAUGAUGCAGAUUUUCAAGGGACUAAACGAGCUUGUCGAUGUCUUAUACUGGAUGAUUGUGAGAAAAGGGAAAUUAAAAAGGUGAAUGUCAGUGAGGAAGGGCCACUUAAUUCUGCAGUAGUUGAAGAAAUCACAGGCUAUUUGGCUGUCAAUGGUGUCGAUGACAGUGAUUCAGCUGUUAUAAACUGUGAUGACUGUCAGCCUGAUGGGAACACUAAACAAAAUAGCCUUGGUUCCUAUGUGUUACAGGAAAAAUCAGUAGCUGAAAAUGGGGAUUUGGAUACCCAAACUUCAAUGUUCCUUGAUAGUAGGAAGGAGGACAGUUAUAUAGACCAUAACGUGCCUUGCACAGAUUCACAAGUGCAGGUCAAGUUGGAGGACCACAAAAUAGUAACUGCCUGCCUGCCUGUGGAACAUGUUAAUCAGCUGACUACUGAGCCAGCUGCAGGGCCCUUUUCUGAAACUCAGUCAUCUUUAAGGGAUUCUGAGGAGGAAGUAGAUGUGGUGGGAGAUAGCAGUGCCUCAAAAGAGCAGUGUAAAGAAAACACCAGUAACAACCUGGACACAAGUCUUGAGAGUAUGCCAGCCUCCGGAGAACCUGAACCAUCUUCUGUUCUAGACUGUGUUUCAGCUCAAAUGAUGUCUUUAUCAGAACCUCAAGAACAUCGUUAUACUCUGAGAACCUCACCACGAAGGGCAGCCCCUACCAGAGGUAGUCCUACUAAAAACAGUUCUCCUUACAGAGAAAAUGGACAAUUUGAGGAGAAUAAUCUUAGUCCUAAUGAAACAAAUGCAACUGUUAGUGAUAACGUAAGUCAGUCUCCCACAAAUCCUGGUGAAAUUUCUCAAAAUGAAAAAGGGAUAUGUUGUGACUCUCAAAAUUGUGGAAGUGAAGGACUAAGUAAACUGCCCUCAGAGGCAAGACUCAAUAUUGGACAUUUGCCAUCUGCCAAAGAGAGUGCCAGUCAGCACAUUACAGAAGAGGAAGAUGAUGAUCCUGAUGUUUAUUACUUUGAAUCAGAUCAUGUGGCACUGAAACACAACAAAGAUUAUCAGAGACUACUGCAGACGAUUGCUGUACUCGAGGCUCAGCGUUCUCAAGCAGUCCAAGACCUUGAAAGUUUAGGCAGACACCAGAGAGAAGCACUAAAAAAUCCCAUUGGAUUUGUGGAAAAACUCCAGAAGAAGGCUGAUAUAGGGCUUCCGUAUCCACAGAGAGUUGUUCAGUUGCCUGAGAUCGUAUGGGACCAAUAUACCCAUAGCCUUGGGAACUUUGAAAGAGAAUUUAAAAAUCGUAAAAGACAUACUAGAAGAGUUAAGCUAGUUUUUGAUAAAGUAGGUUUACCUGCUAGACCAAAAAGUCCUUUAGAUCCUAAGAAGGAUGGAGAGUCCCUUUCAUAUUCUAUGUUGCCUUUGAGUGAUGGUCCAGAAGGCUCAAGCAGUCGUCCUCAGAUGAUAAGAGGACGCCUGUGUGAUGAUACCAAACCUGAAACAUUUAACCAAUUGUGGACUGUUGAAGAACAGAAAAAACUGGAACAGCUACUCAUCAAAUACCCUCCUGAAGAAGUAGAAUCUCGACGGUGGCAGAAGAUAGCAGAUGAAUUGGGCAACAGGACAGCAAAACAGGUUGCCAGCCGAGUACAGAAGUAUUUCAUAAAGCUAACGAAAGCUGGCAUUCCAGUACCAGGCAGAACACCAAACUUAUAUAUAUACUCCAAAAAGUCUUCAACAAGCAGACGACAGCACCCUCUUAAUAAGCAUCUCUUUAAGCCUUCCACUUUCAUGACUUCCCAUGAACCACCAGUGUAUAUGGAUGAAGAUGAUGACCGAUCUUGUUUUCAUAGCCACAUGAGCACUGCUGUUGAAGAUGCAUCAGAUGACGAAAGUAUUCCUAUUAUGUAUAGGAAUUUACCUGAAUAUAAAGAACUAUUACAGUUUAAAAAGUUAAAGAAGCAGAAACUUCAGCAAAUGCAAGCUGAAAGUGGAUUUGUGCAACAUGUGGGCUUUAAGUGUGAUAACUGUGGCAUAGAACCCAUCCAGGGUGUUCGAUGGCAUUGCCAGGAUUGUCCUCCAGAAAUGUCUUUGGAUUUCUGUGAUUCUUGUUCAGACUGCCUACAUGAAACAGAUAUUCACAAGGAAGAUCACCAAUUAGAACCUAUUUAUAGGUCAGAGACAUUCUUAGACAGAGACUACUGUGUGUCUCAGGGCACCAGUUAUAAUUACCUUGACCCAAACUACUUUCCAGCAAACAGAUGACAUGGAAGAGAACAUCAUUUACUAGUCCUCUUCAACACAUAGCAAUGGUAUCAUUGUUAAUUAUGUGCACAGUUUGGAAAGAUUCUCUGCUUUCCCAGAAAUGACACUCACAGCAUGAGAGCUUCCUGAGUGUUCUCGUCAAGUACAGCUCUGCACCGUUGUGGCUCUAGAUCACUGUUCAGCAGCUGAACAUUCCUGGUGAGCAAAGGGUUUCCCUGGUGAAUUUUUCACCACCGAAUUUUAGGUGGUGAUCUUAAAUGGGUGAAAUGGAACGAGAGCACACAUUAAAGAGAGAGUAAAUUCCAAAGGUUUCAAAGAACUUGGUGAUAAAUAUGAUAAUGAGAAGACAAAGUAUUUAUAUUAAAACAGUUUAGUAGCCUUCAGUUUUGUGAAAAUAGUUUUCAGCACAGAAACUCACUUCUUUAGACAAAGUUUUAACCAAUGAUGGUGUUUGCUUCUAGGAUAUACACUUUAAAAGAACUCACUGUCCCAGUGUUGGUCAUUGAUGGCCUUUAGUAAAUUGGAGCUGCUUAAUCAUAUUGAUACCUAAUUUCUUUUAACCACAAUGAAUUGUCCUUAAUUACCAACAGUGAAGCACUACAGGAGGCAACUGUGGCACUGCUUCCUUAACCAGCUCAUGGUGUGUGAAUGUUAUAAAAUUGUCACUCAGAUAUAUUUUUAAAUGUAAUGUUAUAUAAGAUGAUCAUGUGAUGUGUACAAACUAUGGUGAAAAGUGCCAGUGGUAGUAACUGUGUAAAGUCUCUAAUUCACAACAUUAAUUCCUUUAAAAUACACAGCCUUCUGCCUCUGUAUUUGGAGUUGUCAGUACAACUCAUCAAAGAAAACUGCCUAAUAUAAAAAUCAUAUAUAUGGUAAUAAUUUCCCUCUUUUGUAGUCUGCACAAGAUCCAUAAAAGAUUGUAUUUUUAUUACUAUUUAAACAAGUGAUUAAAUUUAGUCUGCGCAGUGAGCAAGAGUUCACAUGCAUUCUUUUAUACUGCUGGAUUUUGUUGUGCAUCAUUUAAAACAUUUUGUAUGUUUCUUCUUAUCUGUGUAUACAGUAUGUUCUUGAAUGAUGUUCAUUUGUCAGGAGAACUGUGAGAAAUAAACUAUGUGGAUACUGUCUGUUUAUAUUAUAGAAUGUUUGUUGUGACUUCCUUUUGGUUAGAUUUUGGAUUUUUUUUUUUUUUUAACCAGUGUUAAAACCAGAAAUUGGUAUUUUUAAAAAUGGUUUGCUUCACAUAUUUAAGAGUUUUCUUUCCGUCAUUUAUGAAGAAUAAGGAAUAUAUUAUGGAAAAGAGGGUGAUCUUAAGCAACCCUGUAAAAGAUGGUAAUGUUUUUUACUCAGUGUGUGCCAAAACACUAAAUUAAACCAGCUUACAAAAAGGAAACACAGACCAUGGUUAAAGAAAAAGGCAGUUAUUAAUGCUGAGGUGUGAAUACUAAAGUUGAAAUUUUUUUUUUUCUAGUUGUGUCUCAUGAAAAUAAGCCCCCAUGUAUUUAAACAGAUGGCUUUUGAAAAAUCACCUUGUUUCCUGGAAAUUAUUAUUAACUAUAGGAAAAGAUAGUAUAAAUAUUCUAAGAUUGAUUGUUAUAUUUGACCCAAUUUUUAGAAUCACCUGUUUUUUCCUAUUUUAAAUCAAGGGAACAUUAUUUACUAGUUCUCUUCAGUACAUAGCAGGGUACUAAAAUCAUACCCUGAAUUGUUUUUUAAUUGAGAAAAGUAAUAAAAUUUUAAAUAUAGAAAUAUGAGAAUUUUAAAGUAAUAUAUUGAUUAAAGAUCACUGAUGAUAUAAAUAUAAUAUAUCAUAACAGAAGGAAAAGUAAUGGACUUGAGCUUAACUUCUCACCCUGGAAUUAUUAGUGGGGUGAAGAGGGAAAUCAUUAGCAUUCUGGGCAUUUUUAUAUUAAAUGGUUUGUGAAUAUGCCAGAAGAUCUGCUUUCAACUUAUAAUUAGACAAGAUAGUAACACUUGAUGGUAACUUCUAUGUUUGUGUAGAAAUAAUACCAGUUAGUUUUGGAAAGCCAUUCAGAUCCAUUCAAAAAUUCCAUAAAGUAUGAUGUAUGCUUUGGAAGAGGGCUAUGAGUGAUACAAUUGUUAUAUAAAUGGAAUAGACAAACCACUUGAAUGCAUUUUUCAAGGGCAAACAUUUUUUGAGAUUUUUGAGUAAUAAAGAGGAUUUUUCUGCUUGAGCAGAAGGUGUGUUUGUUUUGCAUUUUUCAGCUCCAAGCAAAUAGCCCCCAUGGUUUUAAAAGGCCCUGAAGUUCGGAUAGUAGUAGGUAGUGUUUUGUUGUUGUUUUAAUUUGAGAGUUGCAGGAAUAAUGGGCAGAGCUGUCAUUUGCCAGUCGGCCACCAUCUGCCUACAGAGAAUUAUUGGACUGAAAGCUAAAACAGACUGUAAAAGACCUACUUGCUAAAGCAUUGCUUAUUCAGUGGUAUUCAGUAGAUAAGAUCUAUUUCCUGAUAUAUUGUGCUCAAGUUAUUUGCACAUCUUAAGAAACUUUUAAUAUGUAAAACCAUUGCUGUAAGGUUUAGGCAGAGGAGGUUUCCUUUUGUGUGAUGCCUAAUAAUAAUAGAAAACACUGAUACAGUGUUUACUAUGUGCCAAGCAAGCAUAUAAUAACUAAUUCUUAACUGUAUGAGGCAGGUUCAUUUAUUAUCCUGUUGUCAUAUGAGGAAAUCUAGCCAGAGAGAAGUUAACUAACCUGCCCAAGGUCAUAUAGUUAGUAAAGCAGUGAUGCUUGAAUUUUAACCUAGACAGAUUACUUCAGAGUCAGCGUCUGCCUUACUACCCUGUUUCCUGAGCAGGAAUUUCCCCUUGUGUCAGGCAACACUAGGUGUUAGGAGUGGAGGUGUGCAGGUGUUGCCUUAUAUUCUGUUUUCCUGAUGUCGUGUGCUUUCUAAGAGUACAGACCUGAGCAUAUGUCCAGGCUUGCAAAGUCUCAGGCGAAGGUGGGACUACAGCUUGUGUUUCCUGCCUCGGGUAGGAUUUUCUUCUAUGCAUGUUGGGUGCUUCUCACUUAACCUAAUAGUAUGCCUUGUCUGUUUUCCCCCCUUCCCCUUUUUGUUUAAAUUAAUUCACAGAACACAAAAAUUUGCUAGGUAUGAGGAACAUUUAAAAAAAUGAAAUAGAGAAAAUGGUACAUCACAUGUAAUAAAGAUAAAUAGUUUUGUGAAAUGUCUUUUUCAAUCAUAUAUAUAAGUGUUGUGUGCUAUAUAAAACUAUUUCUUACUGUGGAUAAUGAAGUUUGAAGCCUGUUGUUCAUCUAUGGAUGCACUGGAUGGGAUUGGAAGUCUUCAGAUUUCAGUAGGUUCUUCCACAAGCUUAUGAAGACAUUGUCCUGUUUAGGCUGUAAACUGUUUUUAUUUCUUGAUGAAAAGUGUUCUUCUAUUUAUGUGAUCCCUUUUUUUCUACAGUUCAUGUAGCUAGUUAACUAGACUUUUCAGAGUUAUAAUACAUUUAGCUCCAUGAGAACAGAGACCAUCCAUGUCUGUCUGUAUCUCUAGGGCCUGGCAUUUAAUCGAUUCUCAAUAAAUAUGUGUUGGUUGUAUGACCAACAUUUUGGUGAGUUUACUUUUUUUUUCUCCAGGAACUUAAGAGACACCACCUAUUACUGAGUGUGUCUGUGAGAUCCUUAGAGGCCUUGCAUCAGAAGGUCAUCUUGACAGUGCUGUGAGAGGACGGGGGAAUUGGAUUCUAUCUUACCCGAAGGCUGUGGUUCAACACUGGGUGGCAGACGUGGUUUUGGUUCUCUGUGGGGCCCUAGUAUCUUGGUUCUCUUCCAUGUUUUUAAGAGUAAUGUAAUGAGGCUGGGCAUAGUGGCUCACGUCUGUAAUCCCAACACUUUUGGGAGGCCAAGGCAGGUGAAUUGCUUAAGCCCAGGAGUUGAUCAAGACCAGCCUGGGCAACAUGGCAAAACCUUGUCUUUACUAAAAAUACAAAAAAAUUAGCCGGACAUGGUGGCUCAUGGCUGUAGUCUUAGCUACUCGGGAGGCUGAGGCUGGGGGAUCACCUAAACUUGGGAAGUUGAGGCUGUGGUGAGCCAAGAUGGUGCCAUGGCAUAAUAGCCUGGGGGAGAACGCUGUCUCAAAAAAAAAAAAAAA